AUGGAGGCGCUGGCAAAAAAACAAGAAAGAUUUAGAUGGCACAGCCGCACACUGAGAAUUGGGGAUGAGCAAGGCAUGAAGGAGAUAGGAAUGGAGCGCACCGCUGCAAGCGCCCGCACGCCACGCUGGACGGCGGCUCGGUGGCCGCCGCGGCGGCAUGGCGGACGUGCUGGGUGGCGCACGGCAGCCAGGGGCAAGGACCGGCACAGCAAGGUCGUGACGGUGCGGGGUCUCCGGGAUCGGCACGUCCAGCUUGUGCCCACGGCCAUCCAAUUCUACGACAUCCAGUACUGCCUCGGCAUCGACCAGCCUAGCAAGGCCAUCGUGUGGCUCAUCCACGCCGCCAAGACCAGCACGAGCUCCAUGCUUUCGCUUGCCAACACCCCAGCCCACACUGCUCCUCAUCUCGAUCCUUGCGCUCAUCACCGUAGCUGCCGGGAGCCACCGGCCCCACACCGCCACCGGCUAGGGGGGCCAGUUGGGGAGAGCCCGCGCGCCGGUGGCGGCUAG